UUAUUUUCACAAAAUGCGUUCACGAUUGGGAGUAUCAUUCCUAGUCGGUCUUUUAUUGGUUUUGGCCCUGAUUGGUAUGGCCAGUUCUUCUGGUAAAUCGCGAAAUCGAGAAGAUCGCUUCGAUGUGGAGAUCGAGAAUUACGAGAACCAUGGGUCCAACGAGAUCAUUGACUCUUGCGAAAGUUCAGAAAGUUUGGAGAGUUUAAACUGCCAGCGAAGUCAAAGUAAACCUUACAAGCGAAAAACCUUUCGAUUUGCUCUUUAAAAUUGCCAAUAAAAAUUGUUAAAAUUUUA